AUGUUCUAGAAUAUCAAGUCUAUUAAAAAUAUCCAAAAGCAAUUAGUAAAAUGCAAGUCUACGAUACUCAACACACCAUCAAGAAAAUUCGCUAACUUUUCUCCUUAGAACUAUAGCAAUUUGGGUGGCUAUGCUCUGAUUGGAUCAGGGACUGCAGGUCUUAUGUAUUUGAUGUACAGAGGUCAAAUGCUCGCUUAAGAGAGAUAUCAGAUGCCAAUGAGCCAAAUCUAGCAAAUGCACUUUUUCAACAGAACUGUCUAGGAGAGAAUCAGGUCUACUAUGGGUUAUUUCACUGGAGGAUUAUUUGCCACAGGCCUUAUGGUAGGUCUUCUGAGGAAUUCUAUGCUAGCCAUUACCAAUCCAUGGAUCUUGCUUUUUGGAAGUUUAGGUUUAUUGAUUGGCACCCAAGUCACUAAUUACUAUCAAUCACCUAUUCUUAAACAUUUAUUAUGGGGUGGCUUCAUUUCAACAAUGGCCUUAACAAUGGUACCUUUAAUUAGCAUGGCUGGAAUGCCUGUAGUAUAUGAUGCUCUAUUUGCAACAGGAAUAUCUAUGGGAGGCUUAGGACUUGUAGCGUACAAUGCCCCUAGUGAAUAAUUCUUAAGAUGGGGAGGAGCCCUUGGAAUGGGAUUGGCUGGGAUGAUUGGUAUUGGCAUAGCUAGUAUUUUCUACCCCAGUAAGAAUUUAUUCAAUAUCUGGUUGUAUGGGGGAUUAAUAUUGUUCUGCUUAUUUGUACUUUAUGAUACCCAGCAGAUUAUUUACAGGGCUAAAAUCAAUCCAUAUUAUGAUCCAAUCAAUGAAAGCCUCAGCAUAUACUUGGAUGCAAUCAUGAUUUUCCAGAGAUUUUUGUUGAUAUUCAUGAGUAAUAGAAAUAAAAAGUGA